GACUUGACAUCUGUCCACUUUCUCCUACCUCCACAGGCCUCCUCCCCUUCUCUCAACUAACCACCUACAACAAGUUUGACAGCUCAGCUUUUUCUCAGCAGCAGCAGCAGCAACAGGCGACUCCCUCACAGGGGUUUCUUUUCUCAUUUUUCUUCCUCUACAUUUUAUUCAUUUUGCUGGUAUGUGCGCGUCUCGCGACUCCUGCUGGCUAUGAGGAAUUUCAUGUGUACGUAGGUUGGGUCACUUUUCCCCUUUUUGGACGCUUUUUUCUUGGUUGGCGUUGUUGUAUAUUUUUUUGAAAUAUUUUUUUUUCUCCUGUUGGGCGUCGCGAGGGAUCUACCGUUAAACAUGUCGAGGAGCGUGGAGGAGGUGUACAAGCUAACUGAAAGUACAUACAAGAGUGUGAUGGAACAGUUCAACCCAGGACUGAGGAAUCUGGUCAACCUGGGCAAGAGCUAUGAGAAAUCAGUCGCUGCAAUGACCCUGGCAGGAAAGUUGUAUUUUGAUGCAAUGUCUAAGAUUGGGGAGAGUGCUGCAGUGUCUCCUGUCUCCAGAGAAUUAGGUGUAGCCCUGAUGGAAAUCUCAGAGGUCCACAGGAAGGUUCAUCUUGAGCUGGAAGAAAAUUUUAAGAGGUUCCACAGAGAGAUAAUAGCCGAGCUGGAAAGAAAGACCGACAUGGAUGUCAAAUACAUGACAGCGACGUUUAAGAGGUACCAGAUGGAGCACAAGAUGAAGCAGGACUCUUUGGAGAGGUCCCAGUCAGACCUGAAGAAGCUGAGGAGAAAGAGCCAAGGCAAGAACGCCAACAAAUACGAGAACAAGGAGAGUGAGUGCCUGGAAACGUUGACAAGCCGUCAGAUGGACAUGCAGUUGUUCAUCGCAGACGGCUGUAAAGAGGCUCUGCUGGAGGAGAAGAGACGCUUCUGUUUUCUGGUGGACAAGCACUGCAUGUUCUCUUAUCAGUUCGCUUCCUUCCAUGACAAGGCCAGAGACAUUCUGAUGGCAAAGCUGACCAGCUGGCAGGACCAGUGCAACGAUGCCACUGACAUGCCCGAGAGCGUCUUGUCGAUGAUUGAGACACUGCGCACACCCAUCCCCAUCACACCCCUGCCCUCUCCCUCUCCGUCACGGCACAGUGUGAACAUCUCUACUCCCCCUGCCCCACCACUGAAGGCUCAGACCAGUCCCCUGGCUAACAUGUUCACCCAGGAGAACAACAUUUCCAGUGUAACCACCACUUCCAACAGCAACACAGACCACGGGAACAGUGAGGAGAACAAUCUUGCCAGGUCCGUGUCUGUCGCCACAGGCCUCAACAAUAUAGUGAAGAGGCCACGUGUGCGCACCAUCUUCCCCCACACUGCCGGCAACAACAGCACACUGCUCAGCUUCGACGAGGGAGACGUCAUCAUCCUGCUCAUCCCCGACGAGAGAGAUGGGUGGAUGUACGGCGAACUGGAGAAGAAUGGAAAGAGGGGCUGGUUCCCAUCAUCUUACUGCCGUGCACUCUCCGAACCUCUCAUGAAUAACAACAGUGUGUCUGCUGCCCCGUACCGCAGCAGAAGCGUGGUCAACCUCCACCACCAGGACACGGAGACCGAUGAGGCGACCAUGGUUCUCCCCCCAGCCGACUACUGUGAUGCCCCGCAGCGCAACGCCAUCAAGCACAACACCUCGACCACAAGCAGCAUCACCACAAAUAACAACCACCAGCACUCCCCGACGCCCUCUGCAGCCUCCUCCUCAUCUGAUCACAACACAACAACCCAGCCUAAUGGCGUCUCGAGACCUCCACCUGCUUACCUUGCGGGUGGGAACCCUUUCGCCACAGUCAGGCUACGUCCAACCGUCACCAACGACCGCUCUGCACCGGCUAUCUGAUCUGUCCACAUUUCCACACACCCUCAAUUCCAACAAACCCUUUCAUCAUCCUCAUCCAUCCCAGGACGUGCAGCAACUUCUUUGGGUCUGAAUGGAACAAAACAAAAUGUUGGGGGGGGACGGGAGGCAGGGGGGUGACAUCAUUUUAAUCUGGGAUCCCCUUACUGCUGCAGACUCUCACAUGAAAGUAUUUUGCGACCGUGUUAUUUUGCAGAACAGAUGCUCAUCAUAUAUUUAAGAUAUAUAUAUAUAUAUUCAAUGUCUAUUUUUGUCUGCUUGUGGUAGUGAUAUUUAAAUGACCACAUUCUUACCUGCACUUGAGAAAUGGAUGAGUGAAAAAUGGUGAAAAUUUUUUUUGCAGCGUAUUUAUACCACCGAUGUUGCUUAUUCAUCGUCCAAAUAACUGUUCGAAAUCUUUUCUGUUGCCAUAAGACAGUAAAAGAAUGUACUGUAGAGGACCUCAGCAUUUCACCUUCAGGUCCUUAUGAAAAUGUCGCAUCUCAGCGUCGCGAGGAGAGAGAUGCAUCCGAAAAGGCACGCAAGUCCUCCUUGUACAUACAUUUGUAUAACAGACGUUAUAAAUACUGUCCUCUUUGCCAUCUAACUUAACUUUUUGUAGAGCUAGAUAAUCAUAGAGACAGGACUUUUGCCUUAAUGACAUCUAAUAUACCUACUGUAAAUAUGAAUAUAUACUAUGUACCUCUUGCAUUCUUCAAAUUGUGAACAUGAGUUGUGACAGUCGCCACAUCUCGUCACCGACCACACUAACCAUUGCAUAUGGCAUUUUAAGACCACAGUGUGGAUACGUGUUUUGGCCUUUGGUCCACAUUACACCGUUAAUAGAAGUUGCUGUAUGAAAAAUAAAGAUUUAUUUCUUCAA